CGCAGGACAGCCGGGCCGGGGACGGAGCGCGCCAGCUGCCGCCGCUGCUUUAGGGGCGGGGGUCGCCGCGAGGGUCUCUUUGUCUCGAUCGCGGAGCCGCCGUCACGUUGCAUCGGGGACCGGCCGGGGCUUCCCUCCGGCAUGGCCGGCCUGAGCUUCAGCUGCAGCUCCCCGGGCGGGAGCCCCCCACGACCCCCCACCCUGCAGUUACCAACACAAUAAUCUUGGACCCACGCAGCCUUACGUGCCCCAAAGACAGUCACAGCUAGGAAGCCACCCCACCUUCCCUGGCGAAGUCAAACCGGGGGGACGCUGGACUUUUGGAAAGGAUUGUGGCUACCAUGUCAACCAUCAGCCCCGAAUACGAUUAUUUAUUUAAGUUGCUGCUGAUCGGAGAUUCCGGAGUGGGGAAAUCCUGCCUCCUCCUCCGUUUUGCGGAUGACACCUACACGGACAGCUACAUUAGCACCAUUGGAGUGGAUUUCAAAAUCCGGACCAUCGAGUUGGAAGGAAGAACCAUCAAGUUGCAGAUUUGGGACACGGCUGGCCAGGAGCGCUUCCGAACCAUCACCUCCAGCUACUACCGAGGCGCACAUGGCAUUAUCAUUGUCUACGAUGUGACGGACCAGGAUUCGUUCAACAACAUGCAUCUUUGGCUGGAGGAAAUUACUCGCUACGCCAGCGAGAACGUCAACAAGCUGAUUGUCGGAAACAAGAGUGACCUUUCCAGCAAGAAAGCAGUGGAUUACACAACUGCCAAGGAGUACGCCGACUCGUUGGCUGUGCCCUUCCUGGAGACCAGCGCCAAGAAUGCCACCAACGUCGAGCAGGCUUUCUUGACCAUGGCAGCCGAGAUCAAGAACCGGGUCAGCAGCGGCCCGACGCAGAACGACAACCACAAGUCGGCCGUCCACAUCCAGAGCGGUCCAUUACGGCAAGAAGGCGCAGGGGCCGGCGAAGAGGGGGUCAGGGGAUGCUGCUAAGGGGCCACCGUCCGUGGAGCAAUGAAGGGUAGAUUUUGGACAGUGCCCACGAAGGGGGCAAUGCCAGCCCUGGGAAGCCCUCCCCCCGCCUUGCCAGCUUACCUUUGGAGACUCAGAAUGUCAAAAUGGAGCAUCUGAUGAUAACGUCGCCUUGCUUUGUUCUGCGCCGGCUUCGUUCCACUUUUCUGGACUUCGUCCUGAAUCCGCCUCUUCUAUGCCGGGCUCUUUCGCCAUCAGGAUGCCCUGGAACAGAGGGCUGACCACUGCACUGUCCAGCCGUGGUCAUCUCACCGUCCAGAAAGUGGCCAAGUUGGAGCAGAUUCAGAAGGAACUCAUCGACACCCCCCUUCCCCACUACAUAGUUUCCUACUUGAGCAGGAGGUUGGACUAGAAGACCUCCAAGGUCCCUCCCAACUGUUAUUUCGUCAUAGCUACAGCAUGCCCUCCAUUACACCAUGUGGGGGUCCCAGCCCUCUCCUCUUGUUUCUUUUAGCCCCCUUAUUUAAUGGUUGAAGACCCUUAGAGGACCCUAAAAGAUAAGUCUCCCUUCUCCUCUCCCUCCCCUUUCCAUUCUCACUUGGGGGACGAAAAACGUAUGGCAAAUACUUCUAUGGGGUUCUAAUGGCUGUGAAAAUUGCCUCUUGUAAUUCAGAAUGUCUUUAAUUUGCUUUUUUACCUUAUUUGCCUGCUUCCACAGAAUUUAAGGUUCCCCAAGGAAGAAAGGCUAAGCUUUUGAAUUAAAGGUGAAAAAAAUGGUAGGAAUGCACGGUUCUACUUAACAUGCACCAAUAUUUUUUCAAGGCAGGCCAUUUUCUGAUGUGGGGACCUCAACUUCCAGAAUUUUGGGAGUUGAAGUCCCCUCGUCAGAAAACAGCCUGGCUUGAAAAAUAUUGACAUAGACAUUUUUCUGGUGUAAAUCUGCCCAAAAAUGGAAGCACCCUCCAAAUUUGGGGGAAGAAAAUCAAUUCAAAAGACCUCAUGGAUUGUCACAAGCCUUUUCUUGGGCAUAAAGGACCUAAAUUCAGCAAGAUGGAAUACCAGCCAGGAAAAAUCAGGUAUUUAAUCCCUGUUCAGCAGAUAUGCAAACCUCAGAUUCACACCACUUUUGAAUAAUGGCACAGCCGCUUUUUUUUAACCUACAAACCCCUUUUCCUGUGUAUUUUUAUCCAUGCAACACAAGGGUUCAAGAAAGUCAUAUUUAGGUUUAUUUCCAGCUUAUUUGCCCUGUUUUUCCUCCCUCCAAGAGCUCAUUCUCCAUAGGACUAAAUGAGUCAGAGAGUUUAAUUUAAUCUCCUUGCUUAAAAAAAUGCAUCUUUUUAAAGUUCAGGCACUGGGCUGAAUCGUACCUUAACCGAACGACACGCUAAACCGUAAACAACGAGCCCAAGUUACGGACUAAAAGGAAGCCAACUUUAAGAGAAUGUGCAAUUGUACGGUUUGUAACUACUCGGGUUAAAAGGGUUGUGCGAAUCAAUCAGCCAGCAGCUCUGUCAAAGUUGUUGCUCGGAGGAUGAGGAGGGUGUGGACAGAAAAGAGCCACGCAGGCGUUUUAUUUGUUAUGUAGAGGAGAGAGAAGAAGGGUUUUGCGACAGCUGCAAAUUCGGGUA